CGCGCGGCGGGGUGACGUCAGCGGUGUGCGCCGGCCGGUGAUGCCGGAAGCGCGGAGCGAGCGGCGCAGCCGGGUUCAGCAGCAGCAGCAGCUCCAUGGCCACGGCUGGUGGGGAGCCUGGGCUCUCCAAGCUGCAGUUUGCCCCGUUCAGCAGCGCCCUGGAUGCGGGAUUCUGGCACGAGCUGACCCAGAGGAAACUCAACGAGUACCGGCUGGAUGAGACCCCCAAAGUCAUCAAGGGCUACUACUACAAUGGUGAUCCUUUGGGUUUGCCAGCUCGCUUGACCCUGGAGUUUAGUGCCUUUGAUAUGAAUGCUUCAAUACCAGCACGUUGCUGUCCUGCUUUUGGAACCUUGUAUAACACCAACACUUUUGAGACUUUCAAAUCCUGUGAUAAGAAAUCACUUCUGGACAAGGAAGCAAGUGAGAUCUGGGAAUCAAUCAAAUCUGGAGCUGCUCUGGAGAACCCCCUGCUCUUGAACAGGUUCCUGCUGCUGACAUUUGCAGAUUUAAAAAAGUAUCAUUUCUAUUACUGGUUUUGCUACCCUGCUCUCUGCUUCCCUGAUGGAAUUCACUUAACUCAGAAACCUGUGUGUCUUGGGGACAGGUUCUCACUAAAUCAGAUUCAAGCCCUGCAGAAAGCCUAUGAUGACCUCUGCCAGGAGGAGGGGGUGACAGCCCUGCCUUAUUUUUUAAUUAAGUAUCAUGAUAAUUCUGUCAUUGUAUCCCUGCUGAAAAAGUGGGAUGGCUUCUUUCAAGACCAAGGAAGAAAGGUGACAGUUGGAGUUUAUGAUCCUUGUAAUUUGUCCCAGUAUCCAGGAUGGCCCCUGAGAAACUUCCUGAUCCUGGCAGCCCACAAAUGGGGCAGCGUUCUGCAGAGGGUUGAAGUGCUCUGCUUCAGAGACAGAACCAUGCAAGGGAUGAGAGACAUCACACACAGCAUCAUCUUUGAAAUCAAACUGCCAGAGACACCCCUGGGCCCAGAUUGUCCAAAAGCUGUUGGAUGGGAGAAAAACCAAAAGGGAGGCAUGGGGCCGAGGAUGGUGAAUCUCAGUGAAUGCAUGGAUCCAAAGAGGUUGGCAGAAUCAUCCGUGGAUCUGAAUUUGAAGUUGAUGUGCUGGAGGUUGGUGCCUACUCUGGAUUUAGAAAAGAUUGUGGCUGCCAAGUGUCUGCUGCUGGGAGCUGGCACCCUGGGCUGUAGUGUUGCAAGGACCUUGAUGGGCUGGGGGGUGAGGAAAAUCACUUUUGUGGACAAUGCAAAGAUCUCCUACUCCAACCCCGUGCGGCAGCCGCUCUACGAGUUCGAGGACUGCCUGAGUGGGGGCAAGCCCAAGGCUCUGGCAGCAGCAGACAGGCUGCAGAAAAUCUUCCCAGGAGUGAGCUCUGAAGGCUACAACAUGAGCAUCCCCAUGCCAGGCCACCCCGUGAAUUUCUCCGAGGUGACGAUGGCCCAGGCUCGCAAGGACGUGGCCAAGCUUGAGGAGCUCAUUGAUGGCCACGACGUUGUUUUCCUGCUGAUGGACACUCGGGAGAGUCGCUGGCUGCCUGCUGUCAUUGCAGCCAGCAAGAGGAAGUUGGUCAUCAAUGCUGCCUUGGGGUUUGACACUUUUGUUGUUAUGAGACACGGCCUGAAGAAACCAAAACAGCAAAUAUCUGGUGAUUCACGUUUCAGCAACGCCUCUGCUGCUUCUGAUCUGCUGGGAUCCUCACUCUUCUCAAAUAUCCCUGGCUAUAAACUGGGCUGCUACUUCUGCAAUGAUGUGGUGGCACCAGGGGAUUCCACCAGGGAUCGGACACUGGACCAGCAGUGCACGGUCAGCCGGCCUGGACUGGCCAUGGUGGCUGGAGCCCUGGCAGUGGAGUUAAUGGUUUCUGUCCUGCAGCAUCCUGAAGGUGGCUAUGCUGUGGCCAGCAGCAGUGAUGACAGAAUGAAUGAACCACCCACCUCUCUUGGGCUUGUUCCUCACCAGAUCCGAGGGUUUUUAUCCAGAUUUGAUAAUGUUCUUCCAGUCAGCCUGGCAUUUGAUAAGUGCACAGCCUGUUCAGCCAAGGUCCUUGACCAGUAUGAACGAGAAGGGUUUAAUUUCCUAGCUAAAGUUUUUAAUUCUUCACAUUCCUUCUUGGAAGAUUUGACAGGUCUGACUUUAUUGCACCAGGAGACACAGGCUGCUGAGGCUGGCAUCCUUCCAGAACUGCUGAACAAACACUUUGGGAUCUCAUCCUUCAUCGUUGAGAUAAAUGCCAAAAUUCCGGUUGACUUCAAAGGGGGCAGAAUGAAGAUCUCAGUCCCCAAAAGACACGGUGUGAUUUUAUCUCCUGAACAGGAGGAUCACAGGGAGGGUUGGUGUGAUGGGCAGGAAUCAGGACCUGCAGGGAGUGAUAAAAGAAUAUACAGAUAUUUGUGGGGAGGAUGUGUGCAGCACCCCAAGACCCAACUCAUAGAUCUGGGACAUGAGUGAUGAUGAAACAGUUUGAAAUCAGGUGCUGAGGAGGAGGAGGAGGAGGAGGAUGCUCUGGACUGCAGCCCUGCCUUUUAUCUCUGCUUUGAGGAGUUAAUGAUUGCUUACCCCUCCUGAGUGCUGCAAAGACAAACAAACAGAACCCACGUUUUGCCAUGAAUAACUUCACUUUCAAAGCAGUCUCUUAUGGACAGAACUCUCCAUGUUUUCAUUUUUAUUGUGUAAAUAACUGGAGCAAUGUGCUUGUGUUUAAACCUGGUCCUUCUUUUUUUGGGUUUUUUUUUUGUUUUUUGGUUUUUUUUCCAAGUUUCUAAAUAUGGCUUACAUGUAAAAAAUGCUGCUUAAGUAAAUUUGGGUGGUUUGUUUGGGCCAGGUUUUAUUUUGCUUCUCAAUGGUCAUGUCCAAGCAGCAUUUCUGAAUGGCUUUUUUCAUCUCUCUCAGAUUUGAGGCACUUUAGUUGGAAUUUGUUCAGGCUGAUCAUUUUCUGCUCUUGGGGGUUAAAUUCAAUGUUUAAUGGUGGGCAGGAGUAGGUAAGGACCUGAUCCUGCUGCCUCCACCCCAGGAAUUAUUCACAAACAUGAAUUUCAGGUGCAGUUGUUCUGGAUGUGGCCAUGGAGUUGUUAUUCCCUGUGAAGAUCCCAUCUUCUCAUGCCAUGGAAACAAAGUGCUUUGACUGAUUUUUGCCCAGAAAGACCCAAAUGCAUUUCUAUCAUGAUCAGGCUCCCCUGAAGCUCAGAGAAGGCUCUGUUUUAUGGUAAAAAAUUGCUUUAGGAGGUGGAGGGUCAUUGAUUCAGUCAAAACCUGUAGGGAAAUGCUUCACUGAAAUGAGAAAUUUGUUCUCUGACUUUGCUGUUCUCGGGUGUGGCCAUGCAGAACCGUGCAGGUGUUCAAAAAGAGCAAUUCUCUUUUCCUUUUUGCUUCAUUUCAUUGUUUCAAGUGGCUUCAGAGAUUGUGGCUGAGCACAAACAGGAGUUUGAGAAUCCUCAGGUUUAAAAAACAGCUUGAGGAAAAAGGAGUUUUAAAAUAUCAAAGCACAUGACUGCAAAAUUGAAAGAGAAUCUGUUGGUCUUGGAAUAGGUUUUAGAAGGAAAUUUGAAAUCCCUUUCAUAGCUUUAUAUUGUGGGGUUUAUGAGUUAACUCACUUAGAAAAAAUGCAAAUCACUUUAUCUGCCAAGCAGCCUCUAUUUCCCAGAUAAUGAAAAUUAAUUGGUCUAUCCAAUUAUUUUAAGUUCUUUCCUUAACAUAAGUCCUGAAAUUUGUUUUUGGUAGAGAAUUUCCCAGCUUCUCUCUCAUCAGAAGAAAUUCAGUCAGAAAUUCAGAUAUCAAGGAUAUCUGCAGCUCCCAUCUUCUGAGCAGAAAAGGAGAUUUACUGAAGCCUGCUGGGGUUUGCACCAAGUGUCUAAAAUAGCCAAUAUUGUCUAAAGUAGCCAAGAUUUCUAUUUAUUUAAUAUCAUAGUCAUUAUAUUUACAUGAUUUCUUACCUAGGGGAAUGUCUAGCUUAGGUAACUUAAGUGUAAUAUAAAAAUAUAUAUGAAUGCAAUAUAUUUUGGAAAUCAGAGUAAAUCAUCUCUUGGUGGUCAGGCACUGGAGACUGAGAUUGAAACCCUGAAAUGUGCAUUUUUAAAACAAUUAAAAUACAGCAUAACUUUGCAGCCAUGGUUUUAGCCAUGCCACAGCCCAGCUGGAGCCAUGGGUUGGUGCCAGGGCAGUUUAAAGGGAAUAAUCUGCUUUUUUUAAUCUUUGGGAGUUGCUGACCGUGGAGUGUGAAUGGCUCUGCAAUUUGGGGUUAUCUAAGACUUGAAAGCUGCACAUCUUCCUGAGCCUGGUGAACAAUAAUCAUUGUUUUCAACAGCUGGAGCUGUGCUGGGCAGUGUCUGUGCAGGGCAGCAGAGGCUCAGGGCUCAGCUCUGCCAGCCUGGGCUGCUCCCAGAGCUCUCUGCUCUGCACAAACGCUUCACUCACUCACAACUCCCCUGCUCAGACUGAAAUGCUGCUUUUCUCUUCUUCUUUGCCUUUUACUGAGUGAGAAUCCAUUCCAAAGAGUGAAUGAAUGUACAUUCAAUCCUGAUAGCAGAUAAACCCGUGUGUUUGCUGCCUUGCAUGCACAGAGCCCAGCUCCAGUGCUUGCUGUUCAGUGGGACAAGCUGAACUUUCCCUUUCUUCAUGGAGGAGCUGGGAUUUGAAUGUUAUUUGUGCUGCCAUGGCACCAGUGAAGAGAAAAAUACUGAAUUUUCUCCAUUGCUGCCAAUCAACAGUUCAUAAAAUGCUAUUUAUGAUUCCUUUUAAACAGUGGAUUUAAGCAGUAAACAGGGAAGAACCUGAACUUUCACUGGAGAACCCAGCCAGGGCUUUCCAGGUGUGAACCAAAUCUCUUGGGAAGAGGGAAUGAGCAGCCUCAGAGGAUCCUGCUCCUGUUCUUCCAUUAUCUGAUAGGAAUACACUGGCACAGUGUGGCAGCCUGCAGCUGGGACAGCCCUGUGCCUCACCUGGGGACAUGGAAUUGUGCCAGGAGAUCUCAGUGGAGAGCUCUGACACCCUUUUGGGCAUUAAAGAAACUGAUGGAAUGCCAGCUUCAGUUGUGAUUGCACCCUGCUGCCAGCUGGAGCUGUGCUCCAGGAUCAGCCCAGCGCUGUGUUCUGCUGGCUGAGGUUUAGGAUUUGUUGUGUGAUCCAUCAGAGUGAGGGACUGGAGAUUCUGUGGGGGUUUUCCUCCUUGGGACCAUGGGGAAUGGAUUUCCCUCAGGGACACCUGGGAGCUCUGCUGCUGCUGCUGCUGCCAUCGCUGCCACGGCCAGAACCCUUCCCAGGGUGGCUCCUCUGAGUCUGAAGCCUUCAGCACUGGGAUAUGUGAGGGAGAAAGGCACAAAUGUGAAAAUCUGAGAUCAUGGAGCAAGAUCCAUGAUGGCCCAGACAGGUUGAUUGAGAAGGAACCACAGGAGUUCCAUUCCCAGGAAGCUGAUGGCUCCCAAGAACUGAAGAGGUCCUGCUCCAGUAGAAGGCAGCAGCACUGGAGGCAUUUUGGCACAACAAAGGAAACUGCAGUGACUGUUCCAGGCUUUAAAAUCAUUGAAUUUCAGCUUGGACAAAUGUUCUCCCUUCCCUGUGUCCUCAGAGGAGCCCAGUGAGGUAAAGUAAAACUCCCAUUUUGUCAUCUUUGAUAUUCUUACCCCACUUUCUGCAGGUCCCUGCCCAGGGCAGGGGGUGGCACUGGAUCAUCUUAAAAAGGUCCUUUCCAGCCCCUUCACAUUACAUGACUCUAAUCUUGUUCCUGUGUGUAAAUUCUGGCUGCUCACCUUACGUAGCUGCAACAGAAGGAUUUGCAAAAUGGGGUGACUCUGCCAUCUGUGAGCACUUUAUUCUAGUUUUUCACUUGUGCUCUUAGUUAGAAAACUCACUGAAAUGGGUUUUAUUCCUGAGCUUUGCUCUGUGGAAUCAUAUGGUAGUGCUUGUUUCUCCCUCUCAGUGAAUGUUCCUGAAUAUCUGCUAGUUUGCAUGUCUGGGUUGCUGAUGGAAUCAGGGAAGCAUUUGGUGGGAAAAGACCCUUUGGGCCAUCAAGUCCAAGGCUCAGCCCUGCUGCUCCGUGCUCACCCUGCUCUGGGGCUGUGCUGGGCCACAGAGAGCUCCCCCUUUUCCCUUUGAGUUCCUCCCCCUCUCUGCAGGCACCCCAUGGAACACUGAGGCUCUGGGAUGGGGUUUGGGAUUUGCUGUGCAGGAUUCCCACCGAGGCUGCCUGAGGUCACUGGUGAUGAUCAAGGACUCUGCCUCACACAGAAUCCACAAGUUCGCUUCUACACAGUUCCUCUUCAAAGCACAACCGAAUUUUAAGAGUUGCAGGCGAGUCCUGGCUCUGGAUUCUUGUGGGAAUAGGAAGAAUUGCUCACAUUCUCACAGAAAAAAAUCCAUUUCAAGCUGGCACACAGCCAGCCUGUCUGUUCCGGGUGCCCCUGGCUCAGGGAUGCUGCUCUGGGACUUGGCAUUCAGGGUGCACACAGGAAAAGAGAGCAGCAGCAGCUCAGUGCUGGGAUUUUUACUGCCAAAUUUUGAAUUUCUUCUGGAAAUAACAAUGCAAGGCUUUCCUUAGAAACAAAUAAGCAUUUAUACUCCAAAGAGAGCCAUUAAAGAAGUAUUUGCAACAUGGGAAAUUUUAGCUGACUUCAUAAGAAACAGAGUCUGGAAGAUGUCUCCAGCCUGUUACCAUUUGGCUUCAUUAAUUCCUUUUUUUCUAUUUUUUUUUUAAUUUUUUAUUUCAUUUUCAGUGCAGCUGAUGUGCUCGAGCAUAUCCUGCCAGAAGGAAACUUUCCUUCCAGAGGCUGUUGUGCACCUUUGCUCUUGCACAGCACCUGGAUUAACUUUUAAAAGGCACAAAUACUACACUAGGAGGACUUUGGACUGUGCCAGGGUGUGAAUUCCUCACCCAUGCAAACCCAGCUCUCCUUCCCUGCAGCUCCCUGGGCCUUCUCCAGAUCCCAACACCACCACAGGUAAAGCUUUAGGUUUGAAAUUCAUCUGGACCUGCCCUCUCUGUUGCCUCUUCAGCUUUCCAGUACAUUCAUUUCUGGAAAGUUCAUUUUCUUACCUGUGCAACACUUGGCAGGUUUGGGAGUAAAAUAACCCUAACAGUUUAUUGACUUUUGUUUUUUUCCUCUUUCUCAUUUUACUGUUACUGAGAACCUAUCAAGAAUCUCUCUGGGCUUUAUUCUCAGUUAAUCCUGGCUCGAGUUUUGUUGCCAUAUUGAAGGUUUAAUAACCAGGUGUGGCUUGUGCUCCUCUGUAGCCCCAUUUCUCUUCAGGCCAGCACUGACACCCUGCAAUCCUCAUCCUUCCACAGCUUGCAAAGGAAUCCCUGGAAUGGGUCACUGGAGGAUCAUUUUCACCAGGCUGAAGCUGCUCCCAGCAGAAUGAACAGCGCUGAGCUGUGAUGUGCUCUGAGCACCUUCAGCUAUUCCAUCUCUUAGGGCAGCAGCUUUUUCACCUCAUUUCCCAGUCUGGGUGAUCUCACCCCAGAAUAAGGAUGCAGAUGACUGCUCCAGCCUUGUUUCAGUUCAAGCUCUAAUUGCAGCCUCUCUAAUUCCAUUAUCAGCCUGUUGUGACUUAACCACAGCACUUUCACAAAUGCAGUGGAAUUAUUUAGGAUAGAUUUUCAAUUGCUUGUCAGAAUUUAACCAGCACAGGUUCCUCCUGCUUAAUCAAGCCAGCAUUCCCUUGCCUCUGGAGCUCCCUGGGCUUAGGGAGAAAAAGGACAAUCAGGAGAUCUGGAAGGAAAUCUGGGCUGUGUUUCCUGGCUGGCAGGGAGCACACACUCCUCCCCUCCAUCACCCUCCUGCCUGUUUCCUCCUGCUCUGGGCAGGGCAGUGAUGGAAGCACAGUGGGCUUUGUCUCACCUUAAAUGCAAAAAAUGUCAAAUUGCUUCUUAAUAAAAUAUUGGAGUGGGCUAACAGGAGGGGAUGGGAGCAACCAUACUGUGCUGUGCUUCUCCAAAUCAAAUCCAAAUCAAAUCAAAUCAAAUCCAAAUCAAAUCCAAAUCCAAAUCAAUGAGUUUUCAAAAACUGUUCCUUGUAAUUUCCAUCCUCUCCCAUCCAGUUACUCUCUGUUCUUACAUUCCUUGGCUGUGGGCUGCUGCUUCAGUAGUCUGAGCAUGCAGAAAUUGAGGCUUGUGUGGAACUUCAGCCUUUGGCUCUGGCACACUUUUGCAAGAUCUCAGCAGAAUGAUUCAUGGUUUGAUUUGUUGGUGAAAUACUCUGCACUGCAGAAAUAGGAAAGGGGAGACAUUAAACUGCAGGUCUGUAGGUUUUUGCCUUAAUUCCUCCUUUGGUCAGAUGGACUUCAUGAUCUCCUGGUGGUGUUCACUCAUCCCCCAGCCUGCCCUGCAAGGCCCAGGGCACGUGAGAUGCAGGCUGGGCUCACUCUGCAAUGCUUCUGCUUCCCCAUGGAACCAGGCCAGAGCUGCCUGGAGCAGAGCUGCUGGAAUUGUUUCCUCAUUGGGAAGGAAGCAGGGAAGCUUCCAUGUCUGCUGCUCUGGAAGCAUUUGGGUUUUGAUGGGUUUUGCUGUCCUUUCUUCCCUCUUUUUCUUCUUUUUCCGUUUCUCUGCGCAUCCCCUGAGGGCUCCACGUUCAUUUCCAGGGACAGACUUCCCUCAAAUCAGCAGUGAGGGAUCCUCCACAGCAGGCACGAUUUUCCUUGAGGUUUUUCCUUUGUCUGUGACUUUAUUUUCAUUUUGUGCUUCCAAGGCUGACUUUUAUCCAGUAAUUCCGUAGGUGUUGCCACUUCCUCAGGAACCUGUGACUCAGGCGACGUUUAAAUGCCAUGACAUCACCAGCAGCUCCCCUUGGAAUUGCUGCUUUCCAAAAAAAGCCUCUUGGCUUUGCUUUUAAUCCUCCCAGCUCUGCUUUGAGGGUUUUUGUGUGUGAGGGGGAUGAGAGGGUUUCAUUCCUUAAGGCAGCCCUGCCAUGGCUGAAAUCGCCAGCACGACUUGAAAUGAGAGAUCUUUGUUUCCCCACCACUAUUUAUGAAUGAAAUCAUUGUAACCAGGCCUUUGUGGAGGUUCUGCUCCUGUAAAUCGGCUUCAUUCACUCCUGGAGUGGGGAGGAGAAGGUCUGAGCGUGGUUUGCAGCGUUGUUUUGGAAGCAGCUGAGCACAGCAGCUCCAGGGUGGAUUCCAGAGUCUCCUGCCCCAGGACAGCUCCAUGGGAGCUCUGGGCUGGCCGAGGAGCAGCUCUGGGGCAGGGCAGGCUGUCCCCAAAGGCAGUGGCAGCAGGAGGGCCUGGGGAACAUCUGGCCAGCUGUUUCCUGCUUGGCCAGCGGCCGUGGCCACGUCAGUGCGGCAGGAGCGGUGCUGAGGAGCCCUGGCAGGAAUUGUGGCCAUGGGAGGAAUGUCAGCGUGGCUGGCUCCUGGCUCAGGCUGUUCUGGAGCUCAGGAUCCUUUGCUGGGGCUCUGCAGGACUCGUGCAGCGCAGCCUGAGCCCUGCCUGUGCUUCUGCUGGGCUCUCCUGAGCAGGCAGAGCCUCUCUGGAGCCACUGACAGCAAAACUCAGCGGGAAGGGAGCUCAGUGGCUGCUCCAGUCAGGGCUUUUCUUCCAGUGAUGUCAAAAUCUGGAACUAUUAUGAAUUAAAGUUAUUUUUCAGAUGACACAUUAGACCAAAGUUCUCAAAAAAAGGUUCUGUAUCUCUUCUGCAUCUCUUUCUGCUUUUUCUGAUUUAUUUUUUUUUAAUUCACCUUACCUUCCUAAAGUUGCUGUUGAGUUUCCCUUGUGUGCUUAAUUUUCUAAAUUACCUUAAAAAUUACUUUUAGUGAAAAGCUCUCGCUCAAGUCCCAGCCAGUGGAGGUGUCCCAGUGAUUUAUCAUUUUUGGCACAGGGAGAUGCAGGUGCUGUGAGUGUGAUAACACCACAGUUAUUUGGUUGCACAAAGGCAGUUUUCCUCUGAUUAAAACAUUUGCUGUUGCAUCUCUCUUGCGUGCAUUUAGCCACUAAUUUGUGAUUUUUCUGGGCUGUAGAUUCUGCCCUAUGAACUCAGCAACACCACAGGCUUAAGCCAGGGGGUUUUUUUGUCCCUGAUUUGCAAGGGAGGGAUGGAGCAGGUCACAGCUUUGCUGGACAGAUCCCACUGUCAUUUCCAGCCACGAUGGGACCCGUGCAUUUCUUUCCCUCUGGAUAGUAUUUGGAAAUGUCAUUAAGAGAUUCCCAGAGAUAACUUCAAGACAGCAAUUCCUAGAAGUCCUCUGGGAGCAGAGAAUAACAAAAUACCUGUUGGUGUGAGCUCCUGGAGAAGAAUGGGGCUGAAAUGUCACUGGGUGUCAGGAGGGGCUGGCACUCAGGACAUGGGGACGUGCAGCACAGCACGUUCCACACCAUCACCAGAGCAAUUCUCCUGCUUCACUUGUGGCUGAUUUCAGAAAUUUCCUAAGCCAAGGUGUUCCAGCUUUCCCAGUUUGGAGUUUAAUGGCACCAAUUUUUAAAUUGCUUUUUAAAGCAGCGCUUGUUUGGAGCAGGGUUGUGCUCCCUGUUUCUGUCCCAGCCGUGGGAAGUGGAUGGAGGCAGAAUUCCCUGGGCUGUGUGGGGCCAGGGAAAGCCCUGAGUGCCUGAGGUGCUUCAGAGUGAGGCUUUGGCACAGCAAGAGCAGAGGCAGUGGGGGCAGCUGGGCAGGAGAAGCCACAGUGCAGAUUCUGCAGCUCUGCCCCACCUCUGACACUGCUCCUUGGCCCAGGACUGGUUCCUGGAAUUCGUUUCCCUCAGUUUUUGUUGGAUGCCCAGCUUGGGAUGCUCUUUGAUGGUGUCAUAAACCGGGUUUCAAACUCUUGAGAGAAGUCUGAUGUCAAAUGUAAAGACAAUCUUACACUAAGCAUGUAUUUUUGAAAGCUAUGUGUGUAAAAGAGAUUAAAUAAAUCUGUUGUUAAC